CCUAAUUAGUUUACAUCCCACUCCCAUACAGUCCGCAGCAGUCGCACUUCACUGUUCGCAUCACAACUAACACGCGACAUCUCAUCCAUAGACAACGAAAAUACGAAGAAAUGUAUCAAAUAACUGGAGUUUUGUUAGCUCUAUUUUCGCUCUCAAAUUGUGCAAAUUAUCAAAGAUAUGAUACAACCAGACAACCAAGUUAUACAACAAUAUCUAAUUUGUACAAUCAAUAUCCGUAUAAAACUGGUAGUGAUAUAGCAACAUUUCCAGAUGCGAAUCGAUAUCCAAAUUAUAAUUCGGGAUAUACGACACCUAGAUACAAUAGUUAUAAUACGGGAUCUAAUGUAUUUCUACCAGGGUACACAACCCCGCAGUAUAACAGUUACGGACAAGGGUUUACAUCGUACGAAGCACCAUUUAUGAAGAACAUCAGAGACUACUGCGUGAACAGAUCGCCCCAGACUGGUAUCUGGGUGGACAGUUUGACUGGGAUGUGGUACGGCGUGGAGUUCGUACAACAUUUAGCAGGGGAUUCCAGAGUUGACUACGCCAGAACAUGCAUCGUGAUUCAUAUCUCGGAGCCACAUGAUCGGCCGUCAACAGAGAACCAACUGUUCCAUGUGCAGCACAUUAACGCAAAAUUCCGCCAGGAGUACCGACAUCUGCGCCUGCUCUGGGACGAGGCGGGAGAGACCAUAGAGUAUGCACUUUACUUCAGAAACGAUUCCGCGGGAUAUUGGCAAGUUCUCGAUGGUCAAAACGGUACAAUAACGAAUCGUUCAACCUACCAGCAGUUUAGUGGUUCAGUGCAAGUUCUUAAAGCUGUAAAUGACCACCUACUUUUGAACUUCUGUCAAGAAGGGACGGCCACUGCCCCUGCACAGUUAUACUCUGUUCUUUUCUCUCGAAACCCGGGCGCUAUGCCGCGCUGGGAGAUCGACUCUGUUCAUACUUUGCUACAGAAUAAAAAACUCUCUGUAGCUUCGAGAAGAAUGGUCUGUGGCAAUAGUGCUGAUAAACCAUAUGGAAUGGUAUUUUCGAUCCUAACAUGCCUAUUGGCGUAUGUGAUUAGUAUGUCAUAAUAUCAUACAUUGUGUAAAAAACAAUAAAUGCAUUAUCAGAACCAUAAUAAGUCCUUUAUACAUAAUUAUUUGUGCUAUGAGUAAAAUAUACAGACCUAUAGAAUAUGUGACAACAUAGACUAAUAGAUAUCUUUAGAUUUUCUCAGGUUUUAAUUAUAUAUUGGUUGAUUAACAAGUGAUAUAUAAUCUGUUAUUCAUGUGAAAUUGAAAACAGAAAAGUUGCAUUAAAUACCAGUAAUGCAUUUUAAAAUCCGUCCUAUUUAAAUUGAAAAUAAGUUAUGUAUUUAUAUUGGUAGUCUUGGAAAAUACUUAAUAUCAUACAAUUAUAUAUGAAUGUCAAUAAUUGAAAACGUUAAUAAUGUGUUCAUUCAAAAUGAAA